UGUGACAAUAUCAGGAAAAAUGAUUGCAGAUUACCGAAUGGAAAGAUUGACCCAUCAUGUCCUGGGAUGGCUCAUGAAUGGAAGAUUCCUGAUGCUAAAAAACCCUACUGUGAACGGCAACCCGUUAUCCUACCUACCCCCACGCCUCUAACCUGCCCGUCAAGAAAGACAUCAAUCUGUGACAUCAUACUUAGCCCGGUCUUUAAGCAAUGCCAUGAUGUUAUCCCACAACAACCCUUCUUCGAGGCCUGUAAGUUUGAUGUCUGCAACAUGCCAAAUAUCUCAAUCGGCUGCUCCAGCCUGGAAGCCUACGCUGUGAGGUGUGCAGCAGCUGGAGUCUGUAUCGACUGGAGGAAAUCAACUAAUGGAACAUGUGAUCUGACAUGCCCUAAGACCAAAGUGUAUAAGGCAUGUGGCUCUACUAUCCAGCCAACAUGCAAUUCAAGAUACAAUGACAAAUAUGUGCAUUCAUGUCAGGGAGCACAAAUGACCCGUAACAUUGUAUGUGACUCAUUCAUGGAGGGCUGUUUCUGCCCUGAGGGUACCAUCUUGUUCAACACAUUCUCUGACACCUGUGUUCGUGACUGUGGAUGCACAGGACCUGAUGGAAAACCCAAACAGUUUGGUGAGACUUGGUACAGUAACUGCCAAAAGUGCAUGUGUAAUGCUGACACACUGAGUGUCCAGUGUGAACCAGUGAAAUGUCCGCCCCAAGAUAUUGUUACCUGUAAGAAGUACGGUGAGGUGUUGGUCAACGAGACGGUGGACUGCUGUCAGAAAAAUACAUGUGUGCCCAAACCUGUUUGUGUCCACAACAAUACUGAAUACACGCUUGGGGAGUUUUGGUCGCCCCCUAGUGACCGCUGUGUGAAGUAUGAAUGCACGAAGACAAACAACCAGUUCAUCGUUGUGGAAUCCAAAUUGGAAUGCCCAGUGUUCCGUCCAGAGGACUGUGUCCCUGGAACUGAGAAAACUGAUGCAAAUGGAUGUUGCACAACCUGCACUUUAAUCAGUCACUGUGAUGUGAAGAACACCACCACCUACCUUGAGGUGAAUAACUGCAGGUCCUCUGUGCCGGUGGAAAUCUCAGCCUGCGGGGGAUCCUGUGGAACAUCUUCUAUGUACUCUGCAGAGAAAAACACCCUGAUGCACUCCUGCUCCUGCUGUCAAGAGAUGUCUACCAGUGAGAGGAAGGUGGAGAUGGUCUGCCCUGGUGGGAAGAAGAUCACGCAGUCCUACAUUUACAUUGAUAAGUGUGGCUGCCAUGACUCUGAGUGUGACAAGAAGAACCACUUAGAUUAGGCCUUGAAGAAUGAAGUCUUUUGAAGUGUUCUUAUUUACCUGCAUGGAAUAUUCAAUAGUUUUAUCUAAAGGGAACCAAUAGGGUCUGUCUCAUUAUCAUAUAGGCUACUUUCAUGAACUGCAUGUCCUUUCUCUCUACCUACACUAUCAUAGACAUAAUGCAAACCUAUUAAACUGAUGAAGAAGCAUGAA